AUGAUUUGCAUGACUGCACUUUGCGGACUCAAUGUGGGUAUGCUUGAUGAUAGGGUAUGCUCCGCCAUUGACAACGUAAAAUACACAGUUAAAAACACGACCAUAACUUCUGAUACUCUAAUACAAGUUUUGAGGUGCCUUUAUAAGUUUGGUGAUAUACCAGGACUUGUGGAGGUUUUGCGCCAAUUCACUGCCGAUGUAGUAUUUAUUAAACCUACCGAUGUCGUCGCCCUGAUUCGAAUCUGUGUCGUUCACGGCAAGGGCAGUGAAGUGUUACCGUCUUUAAUAGAUACUAGUUCGGAAUAUAUUAGGUCGGCUUUUCAUGCGUUAACCUUGGAUGAUAAAUUGAGUUAUCUGUUGUCUUGCAGCGAUUUUUGCGAGCACCAUGAGAUGGUUAGUUUAGCUUUGACUAUGUAUGCAGCAAAUGUUGCUAAUUUUGAUUCCGGUAAUUGGAGGACGCUUAAAACCGUAUUAACUUCCUUACGACUUUAUAAAAAAUUUAGGACGCUAGAAAAUGGUAGCGCUAUGCCAAAAUUAGCAUCACAAUCGCUCGAAAAAGUACUAGAAUGCAUUGAGCAGUUAGAUCGUAACUAUUCACUGGAACAUUGUGAUCUUAUCUCAAGGACGUGCUACAUGCUAGCUGUAUUAUGCAGGAAUGACAAAGCCGAUGACAACGUGAAUGCACUUUUCCGGUUGUUGUGGAAUAUCAGUGGAGAUGACAAUGCAAAUAUGUUUACAACGAGAAGUGUUAUUUACAUAAUACGUGCAAUGCUUUUGUUCCGUCUGGGCGAUUCAACCGUUAAAAGGGGAUUUGUGUCGCUGGUCAUUAUCAAGGGUACACGGAUAUCGCUGCCUGACGCCGUUUCAUGUUUAAAGUGUAUUGAUGAUCAUGAUUUCACAGGGAUAUCGUCGCAGAUAUUGAGCCUAAUUAGUGGUUUCGAUUCUGGCAGUUAUGCUAGCCUUCUUAAAUGUUAUGCGAGACAUUCUGCUAGACUUUCCACCCAUGUGUUAGAGCAGCUGAGGAGUCAGUUUUGUGCAAUCUACAACCGUAUGUCGCCAUUAGAGUUUGCUCAAUGUUUCAGUUAUUCGGUUGCUAUGGGAUUAGUUGACGGUCCGACAUUACAAAUGGCAGUUGCUUAUAUUAAUAAACAUUCUAUGCAUCUUAGACCUAGGGAAGUGAGUCUGUUGUUUCAUGCUUUCACCAAGACCAGGUAUAUUCCCCCUGAUAAUGUAAUUAAAAUCUUUUACCGUGUUUUGCAAACGAAUACAACCCAAAUUGCGUUGGAUGAUAUGAUCAGGUGUUAUAAUUUCAUUUCUAAACACCGGAUUCAUUCGUUUGGGAUUACCGACUUUUUGUUUAAGGCAAUAGAAAAACUACUGGAUGGACAGGUGCCAAUAUAUCAGCUAUGCUUCUUGGCGUUUGCAACCAUACGUUGCAGAGAUAGACGUUUUAAAACCCGUGUGUAUAGCGCCAUCUUUGAGUGUUGCAAGAACAUGACCAUGCAGCAAUUAUGUUUUAUUUGCAAAACAUUGGCCAUGAGUGUAUGCAGGAAUCGUGACAUUUAUGCAAAGUUGUGCAAUCAGAUGCGGAACCACGGUUCUUUUGGAACACAGGACAUAGAAAAUAUCAUAGCAGCGAUCAGACAUGGGAAUUUACCAGAAUCAUUCAUUCAAUGGAUACUGGAUGAGUGCCCGAUGACUCCUGCUCAACGUUUUGUGUUAUUUGGAGGCGAUGUUGACGUCGAGAAACUCGACGAUUCGGAAGUGCUGAUUUGCAUUAUGUCUGUUCGUGACAAAUCGCGCAUUACUUUUCACAAUCAUGUGAUUAAAAGGCUGUGUACGCGAAUCUGUAAGAUGUCGUCGACCAUAUCCCCUUACGUAGCUCAAGCCGUAACGGACGCACUACAGAACACUGGGCACCUAAAACCGAAACUAGACAGACUAUUGACGAAAGAAAACAAAAAUGAGUAUUGUAAACGUAUGAGAAAUCACGUUAAUGGGGUGUAUCGGGGAGAUGCGCUACCUACAAGAAAAAGUGAGUCUUUAGGUUUCAGGUCAAUUCUAUUCCAUCCCCCCCACGUACAUCCGUAUGGUUUAUGA